CAGCCCACCGAUCGUGAAGUAUGACUAUGUAGCUUUUUUCAGUGUCGAUAGUCACUGUUGUUCAUGUAUUUUUUAAAAUACUUAGUGAAUAACCUUAACAGUUUUAAGUUGAAGAAGUGUUAGAAUGGCUAAUACAGAUUUUAGGAAGGAUGUGACUAUGCCCGUGCGCCCGAGAAGCGUAUACACAGCACAUUCUUACAACCAGGAGGAGUCGAAUUUAUCCGCUUUUCAAGACUACAGCAAGUUUCUGGAAGGUGGCUUGGGUCAGGCUGAACUGGGUAGUGCCGCAGGCUGGCAACCCCCAUGGCGCGCACCCUUGCAACGCAAGGCUCCUUUCUAUCCUGGUGAUGAUAUUUAUCACGCAGACACCUGGAGAGAACUUGAGGUCACCGACGUAGUCAGCGGCGCUGGUUAUAACGCAUCUGUAACUCCUCACGGUACAAUCUGUCUCAGGUUGAGGGACAGAGUCAAAGUGGAUAUGACGAUCGAUGGAGCUGUACGUGUGACCAACGCUAAGAACAACAUAAUCUUGGCGCUGUCUCGGUCUGGCGCAGCUGCGGCGCUGAUCCACCCGAAUGGCCGCGUGUACCACUACGGCUCGCGCGUCGAAAUCCAGGCUCGCCACCAGCAGGGCAAUAACAAAUAUGCGAAGAUGUGGUACAAGGGCGUGUCGUUCACUGCAGAGCAGUGCGCGCUGGUGUAUUUGGUGGAUGCUGCCGGCACGCGUACGACCACCGAUACGUUCCUUGAUAUGAGCCAAGAUUUCACCCUCAACGUGUUCUAUAACGAGUCCCGUCAUGGGCCGUCGUACGUGAACGAAGCACUAUCACUGCUGCAGGCUGCUCAAUACUGGCUCACGGAUGAUGGUAUCGACAACUGGAUUAUCAACAAUGUGCGCGUCAGCCAGACUUCUGAUGGACUUGUCAGAAUCCACCGCUGCAGCCACAAGUAUCAGUUGCGAACGAGCCCCAGCAAUGGAUCGGCGUCAAUCACUAGCCCAUUUCUGCACUGCACCGCUUCUCUGGGGCAAACCCAACAUCUCUUUGUAAGACGCGGUGAACGACGUAUGCAUUUCGACGGAAACUCCUUCAUAGUACGUAAUGCGGGUCAUUCAGCUGGGUUCGACGAUAAGAACCAGCUGAAGGUGUACUGAACCCGCCUCCCGCCUCCCGCCUCCCGCCUUCGCCUAUGGCUCUUUCAUCUCUUUCGUCUCAGCCCUACACUGCACGUUGAGAAGAUACCCAUACCAGCUGCCGGCAGAUCGUCGUAACCGCCAUGCGAUGUUGUACAGAACUUAGUGGGCCAUUUGAAACACACCAUUGACCGCUCUUCCCCACUCUUGUAUCUCUUUCGCUUCUCAAUCUUUAGAUUUAUUUGAAACUCGUGGACAAGUCGUGUUCAAAGUUAACGGGUGAUUUUUCUUUUUUAUCGAUGUCAGUGUGUAAAUCUCGUCGAGAACUUUUUGAUAAUUUUAAUUUUAUAUAUCGUUCGGUAAACUGCCAAGCUUUUUUGUGUUGCAAAUUUCGACUAGACUCGAUUCAUAGUAAUUAAGAUUACAGUUUCAUGAUUAAGUGUUAGAUCAUCAACGUCCCCCGGUAGUCUACCUAAUAGAUGAUGACGAUACGUCCUUUUGUAAUUUGUUUUUUAUACCUUUACUUUAUAAUAGCUUAGACUGAAGCAGUGUUUAUCUUCAUAUAUUUAUACAUUUGUUUUACACAUCCUCAUAUGCUCAAUAAUUUUAUAUAAGUUUUGAUCAGUGCGUAUUUGCUAACAAAGGGUAAUUUUUAUACAAUGUCUUUGUGUAUUGGUUAAUGUCGAGUCAAGUUGUCCUACAGCUAUCAUACCCAGUUAGUACGGUGCGCAUUCAACAAGGUGUUAUUUUAAGAAGACCGUUAAUAUUCCC